UGAGGUUCAACGCCAAGUGAAUUCUCCCGCCGUUGGAUGGACGGACACAACGUCAACCACAUCUCAAUCAACGUGCCAUCCACAGCACCGCCAAGAACACACACGACAACGAGCCAGCGAGUAGCAUGCACCAGCCCACGUCCCCCACGGCCGCCCACAUCCACACCCACGAACCACAUGGCAUCCUCGACAAGUUCCGGUCGACAAAGCGACGGCUCAUUCAGCAGGCGCUGACCAAGAUGGGCAAGGCCGAUUGCUCGGACGAUAGCGAGUAUCAGGUGCUCCGUGACCGCCAGCUUGAGCUCACAUCGAACGUCGAGCACGUGUUUGUCCACAUGAAGAGCUUUGUCACCAACUUAGUCUCAUUAGGAUACGCAUGCACGUUACUAGGCGACGACAUGACCAUGAUCCGAACGGACCUCGCGACGAGAGACGCCAUCCAUAGCCAGGCAUACGGCGUCAAGACCACGAGUGGCGGGGACGACUUUACCAAGUCCAUGGCACUCAUCGACGCGACGGCGAGAGAGCUCGCGGGCUCGAUGCUAUCCGCCAACGUCAUCGUGGAUGUCCAGUGCAAGUUGGAUGAACUCCAUCAGUUCAAGAAAGAACUCGAACACCGUGAAAACCUCAAGCUGGACUACGAUUCGGCCGUGCGCAAGCUGCGCAAGGCGCGUGAGAGUCGAGAGGCCGCCGACGUCCUUCGACGAGAUGAAAAGCUCAAAGUGGCCCAAACCAAGCUUACUCAAGCCACCGAGAUCAUGGUGGCCAAAAUGAAGGAAUAUGAACUUGCGCGCCCGACGAUGCUGCAAAAGGAGCUGGCCGAGUUUCGCCAAAUGCAAGCCAAGUUCUUUCAACUGUGUGUGACUUCGUUCGCAGGUAGCGCACUUCCUCCCAUGAGCGCCAAGACCGACCAAACCUCCCAUGCCGAGGCAGUCAAGCCGUCAGCCGCGUGGAACUGAGCGAUGGGCGUCGUUGGCAAACCCGUCUAACGAGAUCAACCAGAGUGUCUUGCGCCCAUGCAAAACAACUUGUUCAUGGGCC